CAGCAGCGCGUCACACGGAGGCGAUGCCCCGGACAUUUAUCGACCAUGGCUAAGUUACGGGUACUGAUGACGGCCGCCGCGCACGCCGUGCUGUACGGAACAUGCGACGCUCUGUGGUGUAACUGCACCACUGUCCUGUGUCAGAAGACUGGCUCCCUGUGCGAGACGGACGGGGCCUGCAUCGCCUCGACCUCUUUCAUCAAUGGCCAGGAGCAGCACGUUCGCACCUGUAUCACGCAGGACAGCCUGGUACCCCCUGGACAGCCGAUCCUGUGCCUCAGUGCAGAAGGUCUACUUAAUACCCACUGCUGCUACACUGACUACUGCAACAGCAUUGACCUCAAAGUACCCUCCAUGACAUCUCUGACACACAUGGAGGGCGACAGCGAUGCCACGGGUACAUGGGGUCCUGUGGAACUGGUGGCUGUGAUCGCGGGGCCGGUGUUCCUGCUGUGUUUGCUGCUUUUGGCAAGCAUGUUCCUUUUUCAGUACUACCAGAGGGCCUGCAGCCACAGACAGAGGCUGGAGGUGGAGGAUCCGUCCUGUGACCACCUCUUCCUGCCCAAGGACAAGACCCUGCAAGAUCUCAUUUACGACCUGUCCACCUCUGGCUCAGGCUCUGGUCUACCUCUGUUUGUGCAGCGGACUGUGGCUAGGACCAUCGUGCUGCAGGAGAUCAUUGGGAAAGGCCGUUUUGGGGAGGUGUGGCGGGGUCGCUGGAGGGGAGGGGACGUGGCAGUGAAGAUCUUUUCUUCCAGAGAGGAGCGCUCCUGGUUCCGUGAGGCUGAGAUCUAUCAGACCAUUAUGCUCCGCCAUGAGAACAUCCUGGGCUUCAUAGCCGCUGACAACAAAGAUAACGGGACGUGGACCCAGCUGUGGUUGGUGUCAGACUACCAUGAGUAUGGCUCUCUGUUCGACUACCUGAACCGCUACUCAGUCACCAUCGAGGGCAUGAUCAAGCUGGCUCUGUCUGCGGCCAGCGGACUCGCACAUCUGCACAUGGAGAUUCUAGGAACUCAAGGAAAGCCAGGCAUAGCCCACCGGGACCUCAAGUCCAAGAACAUCCUGGUGAAGAAGAACUGUACCUGUGCCAUCGCUGACCUGGGCUUGGCUGUUCGUCAUGAGUCUGCCACAGACACUAUCGACAUAGCCCCGAACCAAAGGGUGGGCACUAAGAGGUACAUGGCUCCAGAGGUCCUGGAUGAAAGUAUCAACAUGAGACAGUUUGACUCGUUUAAAUGUGCUGACAUCUAUGCUCUGGGGCUGGUCUACUGGGAGAUCGCUCGCCGCUGUAAUAGCGGAGGUGUCCACGAAGAGUACCAGCUGCCCUAUUACGACCUGGUCCCUUCUGACCCCUCAAUAGAAGAGAUGAGGAAGGUGGUGUGUGACCAAAAGCUUCGACCAAAUGUCCCAAACUGGUGGCAGAGUUAUGAGGCCCUGCGAGUCAUGAGUAAGAUCAUGAGGGAGUGUUGGUACGCCAAUGGAACGGCCCGCUUGACAGCCCUGCGCAUCAAAAAGACCCUGUCCCAGCUCAGCGUUCAGGAGGACAUUAAAGUUUGAGCUCAGAGAGGCCAGCCUUACGCAGACACGCCGAGGAUACGCCCGCCUCGCCCCGUCCAACGCCGAAGAGUACAGGAGGACCCGAACUUCUGCAGAGAGAGCAGCUGAGCGAAGACGAAGCGGUACGGCGCCGCCCUGACAGGAAUUUGUAAAAUACACGUCUGGCAGUUUGUAAAGACUCCUGCUAGUUUUGAAGCCACCUUUUGACAAACCCUACCUCACUUGCCCAGCCAAGAUACUGAGAACUCCCUCCCCGCCUCAUCCCGACCCGCUCAACCACUCCCGGAGUCCAUGUUAAAGACUCCGCCCCCGUGUGCCCCCCCCUUCAUUUCCUCCGCCCUACUAACAAGGCUGAACACCCCCUUACCGCAUUUCUCUCUUCGGCAGAUUUCCACUGUAUAAAGGUACGCACUCGACAACAGGAUGUGUAACUAAGAAGUAGACAUUUUGUAAGUCAGUAGCCGGCCUCUCCUCUAGGUCCAUCUCUGAUCACAUGACCUUCAGAUCUAACCGGUAGUGUUCGUUAUCGUUGUCUUUGUGUGGUGUAAGCUGUCGGGAGAUUUUUUCGACUGUUAUCCUAUUCUUAUUUAAGCGAGUAGAUCUUGGUAGAAGAAGCAACAGAGUUUUGAUUUGACGUUAACCGGGUUUCCCUCCGGCAAACCCACAACAGCACAGACACCUCCAGAAAUCUCUCAAGGUAAACUGAAACAACCACACCGUAAUAUCUGGCUCAGAUGAACAAGAACUUGAUUCUUGACCGUACGCCGAGUACCCUGCAACCAUGCACAAGGCCCACGUGCUGACCUGGGUCAGUCCGCGUGUGGGUAUAUUCAGGGCCCAUGCACUGCCAGACCUUCACUGGAGAAACCCCUUGCCAGACGCUAAGCCUUUGGUCAGAGGUCUCCCCCUUAGACUUUGUUUCUUAGUCCUAAAAGGCCCCGAAAAGGAAAAAUUUCUUCUCAGCUUUUGCGACCCUAGGGAAGGUGGCGGUGUGAGGCGUAGCACAGCGACAGCUGCUAGCUGGAGUGACCCGGCGCGCCCGGUCCUCCGUACUGUCGGCCUACAGUCACUCCCUCGAUGGCGCUGCAGAGGGUCAGGCGCUCGGCUCCACCGCCGUGACGGUGCAGAGUCGACCCCCGGCAGGCUGGGAGUCCCUCAGGGUACCCGCUGCAUCAGCCAAUACUACUGACACUGAAAAUGAUCAAACCCACUGAUGAAAUUUUGUGCAAUAUGGCCGCCAUGUUUUAACACACACUAAGUCUCAAUGGGCGAGCGAGAGCGAGAGAUAUGGCCAAGUAUACCUGUACGUAAACUUAACUUUUUAAGCUGAACUGUGUAAAUACUAGAUUUUGACUUUACUUUGAUAUUUUGAUCAUGUUUAAGGUGGUUGGACUUCUUUUUUUAUAACUGCAGAUUUCUAGCUGGGAUGGAAAUGAGGGGACUCUGGUUUGCCGUCUGUCAUCGUUGUGACAAGACAGCGAACCAGAUUCCCCUCCACCCGUCCGGCACCACAGAAAUGCAUCUAAAACAGAGUCAUUGUGUUGCUUUUAUCCACUUACGCUGUAGUCUCCUUGAUUUUACAUCUUAUUUCAGACCUUUUAUUUAACUCACUACACAAUACCUCUGCGAUAUGCAACCGAGAAUGGGUUGGUUUGUGUGAAGACGGCGUUGCCAAGCAGCGUCGUCUCGGGCUUACUCUCUGCAACCUUUUUGCAUGUUUGAAUUUUUUUUUCCCAGAAACUAAUGCACUGUCGGCCUCAGCUCAGCGGUAGCUGAAAAGGUACUGCUGGAUUUUGUCUUUACCGUGUUAUUUAUAUAGCGAGUCUCAUGUGCUGUGAGUCCCUGUCAAGCCUGUAAGGCCUCGUGUGCACUACUGACCUCCCGGUGCCCCAACCAAACAGUUCACAGUAGGACGUCCGGGCACAGUCUUCAAGUGUUUAUUCAAGAUCAGACCACUGGAAACCGGGGAUGUUUUCACAGAUGAUGCUUAUCGAGUCGUAGCUUGCUGUAGAGGACUUGAGACGAGAUCCAAAGUCUUGAUUGUGAAAUGAGCGGACUUCUCUGAAGGGACGUGGUGGGGUGAGGACUAGAAUACUACUGAAGCAGACCGUAUGAAAUUCAGUGUUUGUCCAGAUUUUAACUGCGUUGUCAUGCGAGUCAACACUAUUUCGUUUGUACAGAGAGGUUUAACGGAUGCCGGUGGGGACACAGUGACCGCACUUGCGAGAGACGAGGACCUGGGAGCUCCAUCAGAACAUGAGCGGAUGUCAGGCAUAUUCAGUCAUCACAUUACACCAUACUUUGAAUAACAUUGGAGAACAUGUCUGGUUAUGUGUAACUUGUUUCACACACAUCAUGCAACGUACUAGUGCUACUCCAGGGAAUGUACUGAACCAGUUCUGUUGGGAGCUCCCAGGACUGGGUCCCCACGUGGCAGAGAGGCAACUGCAUCUAUGUAAAAACCUCGUCAUGGCUUACUCUGCAUCCUGUAAAUUACCUCUAGUAUUGAGUAAUAAAUACAGUUCCUAUUGUAUUUCCUAUUAUACCCGGUCUGUCUUUUGUUCGGGACGUUUUUUUCCGCUUUUCUUUAGUCUUUGUCCACCUCGGCAGCGCCGGCCUUUGAAAUGCUCUAUAAAGCCAAUCAGAAAUCACGUAAUAACGACCGAGGCCGUCAUUUUGACGGCUUUGGAUUUUCUAAGUUUGAUGACUUUUGUAUACAGCCCUGCCGCUCCCUGGGUCCUCCUAAAACUGCAUUAAAACGAGUUUUAGACCAAUUGUACAAAAAAAGUUGUAAGAUCUACCUAAAACGACCACGAGCGGUCAAAAUGACGGCUUCAUUUCCUUCGUGAGGUUCGUUGCUCUGUCCUAGGAACACACUAGCGCCCUCCAGUGCAGAGGAAUAGUCUAAACUUUUUGUGUGAGUGUGUCCAACGUGUCUGGGUACAGACGCGUUACAGACGCACCAUGACUACCACCGAGGCGCUGCAGUACUCACAGGCGUUGGACGGCGGCCAUUUUGAAUUGUUCGAAAAGUAGUAUUAAAGUUGUUAAAAUGUUAAUUUUGGUGUCAGUUGGUUUCAUAACAGACACACUAACAUAUGUAUUGGAUUAAUAUCUCAAUUGGGUAUUUGUCUUGACGGAAUAUAUUGUUUAAAAACCGGCGGUCAUUUUGACCGCCCGUGGUCGUUCUAGCGUUA